AUCAAUUGAAAAAUGGCGACCAACGGGAUGGCAAGGGGACACGUUCGUGGCGGACGAGCUCCCCAGUUUCUGACAUUCGGACUUUUAAUUGUUAUCUGUGUUCUCGCUUUUAACUACUGGAAUGUAUCGUCUAAGAGUAAAAUUCUUCAGAAACAGGUGCAGGAGAUGACCUCGACGUUGGAGGAACUUGCAAUGAAAAAAAUCCAUUUAGAAAAGCGCAGUGAGGCAUUACAGAUUCAGAUCACAGAGACCAAUCGGAAGACGAUGGACUUACGAGGAGAAAAAGACAAAUGUGACAUGGAUUUAGGCAAGAUACAGUUGACUGAGAAGGAGCUAACACAAUCUCUCGAUGGAUGUGAAGAAAGACGAGUAUUCAUUGAGAAAUCGUUGGAUGUUCAAUCGGAAAAUGCAAGUGUCACAGUACAGCUGUUAAAUGAAUGUACAAGGAAAUUAAGUAUAGCUGUCGAGGAGGAAGACCUUAUUAACGAUAAACAACGAGAGGAAGUUCACCAGCAGAAUGAGGAAAUAAUUCAGCUUACCGCCAACAAGGAAGAGCUCGCAGGAAACCUUCAGAAAUGCGAAGAGGAAAAAGACGAAGUCAUGAACUUGGCCAAAAACUUUAAAACGCAGGCUGCAACAGCUCAGAGGGAUGUCCUGCAGUGCAAAGAAGGCAAUCUGCAAUGCCAGAACCAACUGCAGCAGUUGGUGCAGCAGCAGCAGGCUGUACAACAGCAGCCUGGUAUGCAGCAGCAGCAACAGCAACAGUAUCAACAACAACAGCUUCCUUUAAACCAGAGCCCUGGAAGUCAACAUGAGAUUGAACCAAAAAGCCAAUCUCACAAUGAGCAAUUAGAGGGAGGACAAUCACAACAGCAGCAGCAACAACAACAAGAGCAGAAGCAGCUAGAUCAGCAGAAGCUACAGCGACAGCAACAAGAGUUGCAGCAGCAGCAGCCACAUCAACAAGAGCAGAAGCAACAACAACAUGAACAGCUGCAGCAACUGGAGCAGCAGAAGCAACAACAACAAGAGAAGCUGCAACAGCUGCAACAAGAAGAGCAGCAGAAGCAACAACAACAAGAGCAGAAGCACCAGCAGACACAGCAACAAAAGCAGAAGCAACAACAACAUGAACAGCUGCAGCAACUGGAGCAGCAGAAGCAACAACAACAAGAGAAGAUGCAACAGCUGCAACAAGAAGAGCAGCAGAAGCAACAACAACAAGAGCAGAAGCACCAGCAGACACAGCAACAAAAGCAGAAGCAACAACAACAUGAACAGCUGCAGCAACUGGAGCAGCAGAAGCAACAACAACAAGAGAAGCUGCAACAGCUGCAACAAGAAGAGCUGCAGCAGCGGCAGCAGCAGCAGCCAGGGACAGAUAAAGAACAUGAUAAAGAACAGCACGGCAGUGAAGAGCCCCAGCAAGAAAAAGCCAAUGAAGAUCAAAAUGCCCAGAAAAAAGAAGACUUUGAGGGAUUGGUAAAGGACAAGCAGGACAGCAACCAACAGCAGCAGAUUGAUGGAGAGCAGAAGCUUCAAAAGGAUGAACAGCAACAAAAUGAUGACAAGCCACGACAAGAUGUGGAAGGCAAAAUACAAGAGAGCACAACUCAGCAACAAGAGAGCACAACUCGGCAACAAGAAAAUAAACAGACGACAGAGAAAGUUGUGCAACAGCAAAAGACGACAGAAGAGCCGAAAGAUGGAGGCGAGCAAAGAGUACUGCAAGAGCAGGAUGUUAAGCACCAACAGCAAGAUGGAGGACGCCAGCAAGAUGAGACUCAGCUCAAAGAGCAAUUGCAAGAUGAACCCAAGCUCCAAACUGAAAAAGUAGGGGAUAGCCGUGACUCACACCAAGACGUUAAAUCAGAACAUCAUCUCCAGCAGGAAACUGAUGGAAAAGUGGGUAUCGGCAACCAACAGUAUGUACCUGUUGACCCGCAGCAACAGUAUGUGCAGCAGCCCAACGAUCUGCAACAGCAGCAGCAGCAGCCCAUCGAUGUGCAGCAACAGCAACAGGUUGAAUAUGGUGCUGCCAAUCAGCAGUAUAUACAGCAGAUGAAGCAGAAGUUGGAGCAGCAGAUGCUGUUACAACAGCAACAGCAGCAGCAGCAGCAACAGAUGAACCAGGGUGAGGCUGUCAUCCCGCAGCAAAAUGACAAUGAGAGAGGGGUGCCUCUGGAGGUUGGAGACAAUAAGGUUGUGGAACAAGGACAACAAGACCCUGGUCUUCCAGAUAGGGAAGCAAAUGAGGUCAACCAACCGGUGGAGGUGGAAGGAGAAGGAAAAGAUGAGACGCUACAUCAAGAGGAGAAUAAUGCAAGGGAGGAAGGUGGCGAAGAGGACGGGGGUCCGGCAUAUCGAGAUGACCAAGGAGAAGUAGAAGAUGAGAAUAAAGCUAUGGAAGAGAAAGCGUUGGAGGCAAGGAGACUAGAAAUGGAGGAACAAAGGCUGGCAGAGGGCAGAGAAGAAGACCAUCAAGAUGGAGGAGAUGAGCGAGAAGAAAGAGACGGAGCAGAACGAGAUGGAGGACCAGCUGAUCAGGAAGGACCCAGAGAAUAUGGAGACGAUGACAGAGACACAGAAGAGCAAGCUGAAGGAGCGAACGUUCCUGUAGUUGACCAAGACACUGAUGUGGAAGACAAUGAACAUAUAGAUGCUGCAUACGGUGACACCAACGAAGAGGCAGAUAUGAUCAAUGAUAAUAAAGAACAGUGGGAGGAGCCAGUAGACGGUGGAGGGGAGGAGCCAGUAGAUGAGAAAGAACCAGAAGAUGAGGAGGGGGAGGUUGAAGGGGAGGAGCCAGCAGAUGAAGAGGGGGAGGAGCCAGUAGAUGAAGAAGGGGAGGAGCCAAUAGAUGAAGAAGAGGAGGAGCCAAUAGUUGAGGAAGAGGAGGAGGGGGAGGAGCCAGUAGAUGGAGAAGAGGAGGAGCAAGAUGAGGAGGAGCGGGAAUCAUCUCAAGAUAAAGAGCCAGAAUAUCACAGGCAGCAGGAGGAGAAGAAUGCAGAGGCCUACGAGUAUGGCAAUGAAAACAAUAGAGACGCCUAUCCCGAUCAUGGAGACAUCGACAACAAGAGCAAGGAGAACCAAGAAGGCCAGAAGGAGGACGCCCAGGGACAUUACGGAGAUGUAGAAGAACCUCCAGAGAACCACAAUGAAGAUGAACAUGCUAAAGACGUCUAUGGUGGCGAGGAAAAUGUAGAAGAUGCUGAUCAAGAUCACGUAUAACGCUGGAAGUGAAAUCACGUCGUCUUUUAUAUCGCUUUGAAACCCAAGUGCAAAAAUGUUGUAUCUCCGGGGGUCGAUUUCACAAAGAGAGUUCUAACUAACGACUGGUCCGAGGACUCUUAAGGAUCGAGUUACUCAAAACUUAAGUCUAUAGUCGAGAUAAGACUAGACUUAACUCUUUGUGCAAUCCACCCUAGUUGUUUUAAGGUUGUCUCUCUAUUUAUGUUUUGUUACUUCUCUAUUUUCUUUUACGUUGUUUCUUACACAAAAGGGGCGUAGUGAAAUAAACCCCUUUUCUAUUGGAUUUGAACAACAUUUUUGUCUCAAUUAAAGCAAGCAUGUUUUCAACUUUUGUAUUAAGGCAAAAGCUUUAGAGAUACAACGCUUUUGCAUAUUUUUGAUAUGUAAGUUUCCAAUCUACUGGUUUGUUUAUACUUGACGCAGUUGUGAAUGCAAAGCGAACUUUCUCAUCACAAACGCUUUGUGAGUUUGGUGUCAAACCUGUUAAGCUUACAAAGUCACACUCAUCUUUGUAUCGAUAUUUGCAUUUUCAAGAAAUGAGAACUUUGUGUCUAAUUCAUAAAAGGUAAACAUUUUUUGAGACUUCAGUGGGCCAAGUUUGUUCGUUGUUGUUAGCAGCCCCUAAAAUGACACCUUGAUUUGCGUUUUGGCUUUGUAGCUGCGUGGAACAUAAAUCACCAGAGAGCGUGGAGUUUAAGCGGUCCCAGAGCGUUUUUCUUUUUAAGCAGAGAGAGAGAGUUGUAUUAAAAUAUUCUUGUUGAUGAUGUCUUUCAGUAGUGCCAGUUAAUUUUUUUUCUUUUAAGUUCAUUGUCCUUCCAUACCUUGUCGUUGAUUUGCUGUAUCGUUUUUGUUGAAUAGAAUCAGUUUAAAAAGGGGGGUUUAAUGAGAAAAAUUUGAUAGUUUCUUUUGAUAUUUGCCCGAAGCUACCCCCUGUGUGUGACAUACAUUAUAUUGAUGAAUGUGUGGCACUUUAUCUGCUUUAGAUGUGCUACCCUUUCAAACAAAUAUUUGCAUUGAAAGUUGCAUUAUUAGGAGAAACAGUAGCCAGACAUUCUCAUUUGGAUGAGUGGGGGCAAGUGUUGUUAACGACACAAUUUGGGACUAUUAAAUGAAAUAAUCCAUGUAUUUGUGAUCCCCAUUUUGGUAGAGGUAAGUGUUGGUUUGGAAACUGUCAUCAUUCUAACACCAAUGUUUCUACUCGCUGGUUUAUUUCUAUUUAUAUAUAUUUGAAAGUUUCAACAGAUUUUUUCUUAUGCCCAUUAUAUACAUAAAUAUUCUUCACAUUGGUAAAAAGAAUACGUAAUGAAAUACAACGCUGUGAAAAGUCAUUGUUACAAGGUGGUUUGUAUCUAGAAUUUUCAGGAUUAACACACUGGCAUUGGUUUAUGACAGCAAAGAUUUUGAGGCAUUUUAAGGAGGGUUUCAAGAGUUCAAUAUGUGAAGUUUCACUGAAUUGAAUAAUGAAUGGUAAAGACAUGCCAUGAUGCAACGAUGACAAUCAAAAUUGCACCGUUAACUACUUUUAUACUUAACCUUUGUGAGUCCUUUCUUUUGUACUGUAUAAAAAAAAUACUACCACUGUGUAAAUUUGGUGCAAGUGAACUUUCAGUUCAGUUCAAUUCAGUCAACUUUAGAUGUACAUUUCUUUGUUGUUUAUAUUAAUUCACUGUUGACACGUUUACUUUUCAGUUUCCUCCAUUGUUAACUUUUCAUAGGCAUUUCUUGCUGCAAUUUGUACAACUGUUGUGUAGGUAUUGUAUUGUUAUUUUGUUGCAAAUUUGUUGUAUUCUUGUUUGACAUAUUUUUAGAUUUUUAUUUGUUUUUUACUUGUUUACUUAGCAUUUUAAAAUGUUAAAUUUACUGGGAAGUGUAGUAAUUUAAGCUGGAGGUUUUGAGUUUUCAAUUAAAACUUUGGAAAAUGUGCUCAAUUGACAAACCAUAAAAAUGCGUUUUAAAACAUUUAUCAGUCAUGGUUUAUGAGCCAUGGAAAUUAAAUCAUUUUAAACCUUGCUUUAUGGCUUUACUGAGAAAUGUUUAAUGCAUGUUUAUUGUUUAUAAACCAUAGACAAUGGGUCAUAACCAUUGGUGUUUACAAACAAAAAUUAAUAAACGGUAUAUAAUGUUUUGUUUACAAACAAUGUAGUUACCAAUUUAUGUGACUUCUCUGUAUCUCAACAACCCUUUGUUCUGAAAAACGACUGGGGUUUAUUCACUAGUAUUGUUUUAGGGUUAGGAUUAGGAAAAUUUACUUAUGUUUUAGGAAUAAUAGGGGUGUCCAAACAUGAGUGUAACCCUGCUACUUGGCCCUCCAAAGUCGCCCGUUGGGGUCUAAUUUUAAUUUCUAAACGGGUGAUAACAAGGGUGAUGGAAGUUAUGUUGGGCAAGGGCAAGUUUUUAAUUUGGAAAUCAUGGAAAGAUAAAAUUAAAACUAGUUAGAGUCCAGGUAGGAGUGAUGUAGUAAAAUGGAAACAUUUUCUGUCAUUACUAAUUUUGCUGUCAUAACAUGAUUUGCUUGUAUAUUACUUUGUAUUAUUUCCGAUUUGAAUGUACUUCAGAACUUAUGGUAUGUUGUCAAAAUAAAGUAUUCUGACUUAAACACA